UAUACCCUUUCUUGCAUUCCUAGUAAUACACAACGCUAGCCCAGUGCGACUGAAGCCUUUGUGAAUUCAUUAACUUACAUAAGCUAUUUGCCACUUCCCUUGCCAAAAUGAAGGUUUACAGAGAUAUUUUCACCGACGCCGAGGUCUUUUGCGACAACGACCUUCCCUUGGACGUUGAAGACGAUGUAGUGUAUGUCAUCGAUGGCAAGUAUAUUGACAUAGGUGGGGAGGACUAUGGCAUCUCGGCCAACGUGGAUGAGGAUGCUGCCGAAGGAGCUACCGGUGAGACUGCUGAUGGCAAGCAGCGAGUGGUAGAUAUAAUGCACAACAAUCGGUAUGUCGAGACAUUCUAUGACAAGGCCUCAUAUCUAGCUCACGUCCGUGAAUACAUGAAGAAACUUCUCAAAAAUAUUGAAGGUGAUGACGCUAAGAAGGCUUUCCAGACUAAUGCCGCCAACUUCGCCAAGAAGGUCAUGAAGGAAAUUAACGAGUACCAGUUCUUUAUCCCAGAUCGCAACGAAGAGGAUCCGGAUUCAGGCAUUAUCGUACUCUGCCGUUGGUAUGGUGAGACACCCAAGUUUUACUACUGGAAGGAUGGCCUCAAGGGUGAACGUGUGUAGAAGACUUGAAAGAAGGAGUAUAAUUUUUUUCUAAAUUUUAAUUAUAUUUCUUCAUAAUUAAUAAACGGAAAGAUGGUUAAAAACAAGACAAAUCUAAAAUAAAAGAAUAAUUUUUUUGUGUCAGAUUUUAAGCUUUCCUUUAGGUAAUAAAUAGGAAGGAGUUGAAUUCAUGUUGUGUGAGUGUAUAUGUGCGAAAAAAGAUCCCUGUAUUCAUUAUGGACUGCAUUAGAGUGCGAUGAAUGGAGUUUUAUUAUUUUGCAUAUAUAUAUAUAUCUAUGCUUAUCAGCUUUUCAAAGAGGAAAAAGCGGAAAUAACUAAGACCCAUGUAUGUAAUGAAAAGGGUAAUAUAUAUCACUCAUUUUUUCUCGCUAAAUAUACAGUCACCUUUGACGUUUUUCAUUCCUUUUGUGAAAAUUUAUAAAUAAGUAAAUAAUUAAGGCGUGAAAUAGGAGAGAAGUUGACACAAAAUAAUUAAAUAAAAUUUAGGGAAAAUUGUAGGUAAGGAAAAAAAAUAUAAACUUUGUUUUGUUGAGGUAGCGAAAAUAGAGAGGAUCUUAAAUAUGCUAUGUCCACAGGGUAUUGUAAGCUACCCUUUGCAUUACUAAAAGGCAUUACAAAAAGGUGGACCUUCUUUUUUCUUAACUUUCUAAAUCAUUGUUUUUAAAGGGUCCAAUUUUUGAAUUUCUUGAUCAGCAAGGAUCAGAUGCUAUCCCUUUUUAGACCCUUCCUUUUUUUCUUUUAAAAUAAUAUGAGGUAACAAC